AUGAUAGUUAAAAGUUUUGACACUAAAUCUAAAAAUAGAUUUUUGUGCAAAUAUUGCAUGUAUUUUAUUCUAGAGAUUGUUUUAAUUUUGUAUAACAAAAAUAUUUUUGCUGAAUAUCUCAAAAUCUGUGAUCAGUAA